AUGAGGGCAGAGCCCGUGGCGCUGUCACAACAGGGUAGUGUCGUCGCUUUGGCGGUGGAUAUUCCUCGUAUUCCGGAUGGAGGGUUGCCGCUGGACGUGGAGGUCGGCGCGGAGGAGUUGCGCUUGCCACAGGCGGCGGAGGUUACCUUCCCGAUUCCGGUGCGCAUUCUCGGGCGCCUGACUCGGGUUGCCGAGCAGGUUUAUUUUCAGGGCGCGAUCUCCGGUACGAUGAGCGCGCCGUGCAGCCGUUGCGUGGAGUCGGCGGCGCACGAUUUUGAGGUUGAGACGCAGGUUAUGUUCCUUCCGCCGAGCGCUGCUGACCCCCAUGAAGACGCCGAGGCGGUAGGUCUGGAAGACGAAUCCGACAUUUACGUGCAUGACGGAAUGAAGCUUGACUUGGCGCCCCCGGUCUACGAUCAGGUUGUUCUCGCCUUCCCCGUUCAGCCUUUGUGUCGUCCUGAUUGUGCAGGGCUCUGCCAGAUCUGUGGGGGCAAUCUCAACGAAGCGUCGUGUGCGUGCCGCACCGAGAGCGGCGAUCCGAGGUUUACCCUGCUGAAAAACCUUUCAUUUUCCAAGCCAUUAUAA